AUGUCGACGUCGGACCAACAGCUUGCACAGGUCCUCGAGCUCCUCCAGAGACUUCAUACCAAGCAGGAGGCGCUUGCUGAGGAGGUCGCAGCCCUCAGAGGCUCCCGCACCCCAGGUGUCGAGGAGAUCCCGUGCGGUCCCGCAGGGAUCAACGAGCCCCUCGGCGGCGGGAUUCGUGCAUACCGCUCCGCCUCAAAGAGUACUGCGUCGCCUCCUCCCACCGUCGCACCGCUGAGCCCGACCUCCUCCAGCAGCGUGUUUGGCACGUCGCCGGUCGCGACCAACCCGCUCUCCCUCACUGCCAUGAAUGGAAAUGGCAAGGAGGAGAAGGAGGACCGCGUUCAGAAGAAGAAGGGGCUUUACCCGUCCCGCGUUGUGCUCACUACGUACCCCGGCCAGGCAGGGAUUAACCCCGUCCCUAUCAACUGGGGCGCCGGACCUUCGCCCCUCGACCGUGGUCCCGUCGUCUGCUCCCGUAUCGCCAAGAACCUCCUCAUGCGCAACUCGAUCGGUGCGCACGCUGGCAGCUACUCGAUCUACCGCGCGCUCUCGAUUGCUAUGGGCCAGCUGUCGCCGAGCUGGCGCCCCGAUCUGUGCAACACACAUCCUCCGUUCACACUCCCGCCACAACCUGGGUGGUUCGGUGAUGGCAAUGGUGGCAACGAGCACGAUUGGAAGAUCGUCUCGUUCGACCCGUGGGGCGCGAUGGUCCAGGAAAUCUGGGGUAAGGAGUACGGCGAGGGCCUUGACGUGCGCCCAACCAUCUCCCAGACAAAGGCCCACAUCAAGAUCGAGGAGCUCGACGCCCUCGCACGCAAAGGUGAAUUUCCGAUCGACGGCGACAUCGUGAUAAAGAGCCCUGAGCUCUCCGCCUUCCCUGGUGUCGACCAGGGUGUCGAGGUCAACACCUUCAAGGCCGCCGUCGACCCCGUGUGGUACCUCCCUGGUGUCGCCGAGCGCCUGGGCAUCGACGAGAGUACCCUCCGUCGCGCGCUGUUCGAGGACACGGGUGGCAUGUACCCUGAGCUUCUCACGCGGCCGGACAUCAAGAUCUUCCUGCCUCCUAUUGGCGGCAUGACUGUGUACAUCAUGGGCGACCCGGCCAAGCUCAGUGACCCCAACACUGAGGUGACCUGCCGCCCGCACGAUAGUUGUUCGGGCUCGGAUGUGUUCGGUUCCGACAUCUGCACGUGCCGCCCGUACCUGAUCUUCGGUAUCUCUGAGGCGAUCAAGUGCGCCCAGCGCGGCGGUGUGGGCGUCGUCGUCUACUUCCAGAAGGAGGGGCGUGCGCUCGGCGAAGUCGUCAAGUACAUGGUGUACAACCGCCGCAAGCGGGGCGGCGACAGCGCGGCAGAGUACUUCAACAACACGUCGGCUGUCGCGGGUGUCAAGGACGCUCGGCACCAGGCGCUCAUGCCUGACGUUCUGCACUGGCUCGGUAUCACGCACAUCACCAACCUCAUCAGCAUGAGUAACAUGAAGUACGACGCAAUCAUCAAGUCGGGUAUCACUGUGCAGAACCGUUACGAGAUCCCGGACGAGCUGAUUCCGGCGGACGGGCGGGUCGAGAUUGAUGCCAAGAUCCAAGCUGGGUACUUCUCCAAGAAGGAGGUCACGGAUGAGCUUGUCCAGAAGACCAAGGGCCGCAACUGGGAGGACAUUGUCCACUAA